UUCUUUGCUUCUGCACUCUUUCCUGUGCAAUCACAAAGAAUCCUCACCACCAAUUCAAUAAAUUAUUAGAUAAUAAAUCAAUAAACAAAUUGAAGAUGGCCGCCCCUCGUCAGGUUCUUGCCUUUGCUCUCCUUCUCAUCGCCAUUGCUGGGUCCGCCGCCGCCGCCGCCACCUCCCCGAGCAGCGCCCCCGCAUCCUCCCCGCCAACCGCCGCCGCACCCAAGAAAGCAGACGCCGCGGCGCCGGCUAACAAUGUAGCCACCCCAUCGGAAUCUCCUUCACAAACGCCGCCGCCGACGAAGGCAGUCUCGCCAUCGUCAGCUGAGAUCGCCCCCGAGACUCCCGCUGCUGGGUCGCCGGAGGAGGAGCCUUCAUCACCACCGACCCCUGACAGCGUGGCGCCCGCAGCCGAAGCCCCGUCCGAUGCUCCUGACGCAAGCACCCCAGCGGAGGCACCCGGCGCAGAUGACGACAACAGCGGUGCCGCCGCUGCUUCGAAGGUCACCGCUGUUGUAGGACUUGCUGGCAUCGCCGCAUUGCUCUUUUGAAUUCA